GAGCAGAGCAGAGUCUCAUCAUGAAUAUAUAGAGAUGUUGGUUUACUCCAACAAGUGGUUCCAGCUCUUCAGCCAACGCUUCCCAACCACAGUCAUUCAUUCAAUCCAACCAAGGCACAAUCAUUCACUUCAGUCAUUCAUUUUUGCCGAAGUACCAUCAUCACCAACCGCUUCCACCUCAACCCGCCCAAAUAAAUAAUCCACCAUGCAACUCACCCAUCUCACCGGAUUUCUCGCCGCCGUCGGUGUGGCCGUAGCCCUGCCCUCGCCCGCAGCCCCCCUUAGCUUCGACGAUGUCGUCCUCAUCAACGCCGAUGGCUCGUCUAACGUGAUCAAGGAGUCCGAGUACAACUCUCUCAUCGCUCGUGGUAUCCUCGAGAGCCCUGCUGCGGCGGCUGCCGCCCCGGCCCCCGCCAAGAAGGAGCGCCGUGCAUGCGCCUCGUCGGCCGAGACCCAAGUCACCUCCGACACCAGCUUCAUCAACUGGGACGUCGCCAUGAGCCCCGUUGUCUCCGCUGCCGGUGGUGGCGUCUCCGUCGGUGUCACCUCCGGAUACAGUAUCGCCAACAGUCUGAGUGUCAGUGAGACCGUCGGCGCCAGCAUCGAGAGUGUGCUCUCCGUUUCGCUCUCUUUGUCUUACACCGAGACCUGGACCACCAGCGAGUCCACCAGUUUGACCUAUACCGUUCCCGAUGGUCAGUACGGCCUGAUUGUCAGCCAGCCUAAAGUGAGACGCAUCGAAGGCAACUACCUUUCCGGUUGCACCGACUCCCCCAGCUCCGAGGCCUUCGUCUCAGACACAUACACCAGCCAGAGCUACGGCAACCUACAGUGGGUCACUGGUGUCAUUCGUCUUUGCAACAGCACCGAGUACCCCGUUCCUUUCUGUGUCGGAACUGGUAGCCACUCUUAGAGUCUCCCAGCACGUGUGCAAACAAAUCGACCAAACUGCGGUUGGAUUGCGCAUUAUGGGCCUCGAAUAGUAAUCCCGGGGACGGGUCAAGGAGGCAAACUGUUUACGAUAUGAUAUGGUCAAAGACAUAGCUCGUCAUCGAGUUCAAGGGGCGUUGGAGUAUCAUGAUGUUUAUCGAGUUAAAAUUGCGAACGAGU